AUGGACCUGGUGGGAUCACUGCUGAUAAACAUGACCCGCUGGGUUGACCCUUCUGGGGUUGAAUUCUUCGGGUGGCUCAUCACUGCCGGUUCCUUUGGCCUGGCGGCGCUCAUCUACGGUCUCCUCAGGCUGCAGAGGGAGGCGUCGCUCUACUGGCUCAAGGCGGCCGCCAGGGAGAAGAAGGCAGCGUCGAAGGUGCUACGGUGCCCCUGCUCAAGCCAUACCUGGACCGAGGACUGCUUCCGUGGUGGCCAACCUUCGACGUGCUGUGUGUGCCUGUCGUCGCUGGCCUUGCCUCAGGGUGUAGGCUUGAGGGCCCUUGACGCUGAUGUUGUUUACCGGUGCUCUGUGUGCGGAGUGGCGGCUCAUUGGUACUGCUCGCAGGGCGCUGACAAGGACUGCAAGUGUGUCACGCAGGCUGGUGCUUCCACUUUGCUGCAUCACUGGUCGGAGAGGUGGGUGGAGAUGGACGAUAACCCGGCGAUAACAACCUUCUGUUAUUACUGCGAUGAGCCCUGUGGUGUGCCAUUCCUUGGCGUCUCUCCUAUAUGGCGCUGUCUGUGGUGCCAGAGGCAGAUCCAUGUUGAUUGUCAUGCAAAGCUGUUGAAGGAGACGGGGAACACUUGUGAUCUUGGCCUGCUCAGUAGACUUAUUGUUCCACCUCUAUCGGUGAAACAAGUUGGCCAAGGUCCGGCAACCAGUGGAGCGUUCAACUCAAUCAAAGAAGGGUUUGUCACUUCUUCAGUUAGGGGUCGGAUUAGAAGGCCACGCAGCAAGAAACGCAUGAACAAUCAGUCUGGCAUUAAGACAACUGCGAUUUCCACAGACAGUUCAAUUCUCGACUCCGUUCUUGAAGGAUUUGCUAGACUGCAGAACCUGAAUGGAAAGUAUACUCUGGCAAACCCCAAGUUCUCUGGAAACACUCUCAAGCAAACAUGUGGAUCUGACAUUACUAAUGGAGAGGAAAAGAAGUAUGAGCUUGUAGAUAUGCCACAAGAUUCGAGGCCGCUGCUUGUUUUCAUCAACGGCAAGAGUGGUGGCCGUAACGGGUCUUCUCUUAGAAGAAGAAUGAACAUGCUGCUGAAUCCCAUACAGAUAUUUGAGCUUAGCGCUUCUCAGGGUCCUGAAGUUGGAUUGCAACUAUUCCAGAAUGUAAAACACUUCAGAAUUCUUGUUUGUGGUGGGGAUGGAACUGUGGCAUGGGUUCUUGAUGCCAUAGAGAAACAGAACUAUGAAUCCCCUCCCCCGGUUGCCAUUCUUCCACUAGGAACAGGAAAUGACCUAUCGCGUGUUACCCGCUGGGGUGGAGGUUUGUCUUCUGUUGAAGGACAAGGGGGAAUAUGUGCACUUUUAAAUGACGUUGAUCACGCAGCAGUUAUGGUUCUUGAUCGCUGGAAUGUAACCAUCAAAGAGAAGAAUGGGCCACAAGGUCAAUGCAUCAAGCAAGUGAAAUUUAUGACUAAUUAUCUAGGUAUUGGAUGUGAUGCCAAGGUUGCAUAUGAUUUCCACACAACUAGGGAGGAAAGGCCAGAUAAAUUUAGCAGUCAGUUUGUGAACAAGCUGAUAUAUGCUAGAGAAGGCGCUAAGGAUAUGAUGGAUAGGUCAUGUUCUGAUUUACCAUGGCAUGUUAGCCUUGAAGUUGAUGGAAAGAACAUUGAAAUUCCAGAGGAUGCAGAAGGUGUGAUCAUUCUGAAUAUCGCUAGCUACAUGGGUGGUGUUGAUCUUUGGCAAAACGACAAUGAUUAUGAUGAUGAUUUCAGUUCACAAUCAAUGCAUGACAAAAUGCUGGAGGUGGUCUGUAUAUCUGGGACAUGGCAUCUAGGCAAACUGCAGGUAGGACUAUCGAGAGCACACCGACUAGCCCAAGGAAGAGUCAUAAGAUUUCACCUGCACAGUUCAUUCCCUGUUCAGGUUGAUGGUGAACCAUGGAUUCAGCCACCUGGGUGCCUUGAGAUAUCUCACCGUGGACAGAUGUUCAUGUUGAGGAGGCCAUCUGAAGAGCUCACUGGGCAUGCUGCGGCAGUCAUGAGUGACGUCCUCGUGAACGCUGAGUGCAAUGGUGUUAUUGACGCUGCUCAGAAGAGAUUGCUCCUCCACGAGAUAGCACUCCGUUUAUCCUCCUGA